CUAGCCCAGGUAACUGUACCGUGAUGUGGUUCGAGAUUCUUCCUGGGAUGGCCGUCACGGCCAUGUGCUUGAUCAUCCCUGGGGUGGCCGCUGCGCGCAUCCACAGGUUCACUAACGGGGGCAAAGAAGAAAGGAUUGCCCAUUAUUCAUAUCAGUGGAGUUUGAUGGAAAGAGAUAGGUGCAUCUCUGGAGUUAAUCGUUACUAUGUGUCAAAGGGUUUGGAGAACGUUGAUUAAAGAAGCAUUUUCCUGAUUGAUGAAAAAAUAACUCAGUUAUGCUCAUCUACCCCUGCUACAAGGUUAUGCAGUGUAUUAUGUAGUAUCUAAUGAAAAUAAAACGAAAAAGUAAAA